AUGAAGCUCCCGCGGGCGUUUGACUGCCUCGCGACGGCGGCGCCGCGGCGAUUCGCCGCGGCGGCUUUCUUCCCGGUCCCGCGUCCGCCCGCGCGCUGCUGCCCGGGCUUCUGCGUUCUUCCCCCGCCGCCGCCGGUGCUGAACGUCAUCUGCAACGUCCCGCGAGGCACGAACGGGGACGUCGGGGACAGCGACAGCGAGGGCGCUUUCUUCGUCGGCGUCUUCUUCGUCGGGGUCUUCGCGCCGCCAAACUUUUUUCCCUUGGCGACGACCACCUUGACCUUCUUCCCGACUUUUUGUCCACCCUUGGGUCCCGGGGUUUUCUUCCCGCCGGGGCGAGACAGCUGCGCUUUCUUCGCUUUCGCGUUCGCGAGCGUCUGCGCUUUUUCGCUCAUGCCGCGCUUCUUCGCGAGGACGGCGGCGCGUUUAUCCGACGACUUCGCCGCGACGGCUUUGAUCUUCGCCUUCUUCGGCGCUUUCUUCGCCGGCGUCGUCGCGCCUUUCUUCGGCGCCUUCUUCGGCGCCUUCUUCGGGACCUUCUUCGGGGCCUUCUUAGGCUGCGGGGAGCGGGGCGAGCGGAGCGGCGGGGAGGCGGGAGGAGGGCGGCGUCAGGGAAGCGUUCGAUCGAACGCGUAA